AAAGAGAAAGACAUAAAAAUGUACGGCACAAAAGCUUCUUCCUUUGUCCUAAUUUUAGCUCUCAUCCUUUGCAUCGGAUCGAAGGAAAUAGCGGGAGAUGGACCGACAAGCAACGGCGCGUCGAGGUGUUGCAGAGAACAUCCGGAGCUCGGAAGCUGCGUUCCGGGAAUCGACGACGACGGCGACAGCGACGGCAGAUGUUGGACGUUUUGUGCCGAAGACUGCGCGAGAGGAGGGUUCUGCAAGGCCUUCGGAAACACUCACAAGUGCCAUUGUUACUGCUAAACUUUAUUCAAUCUUUUUUUAAAAAUUUUAAUUUAAUAAGAA